CAUAAAUAUGGCAACAGCAAGUGCACCAUUUGGGGACACUGUGUUAUACACGAGAGUGUGACGACAGAUCCUAUGUGAGAGUCGGGUGCUUUGCAAUGGAAAAUGACUGCUGGGAAUUUAGCGUCACGAGAAAUUGCUGACAUCCCCCUCCUAUAGCAAAGGACUUAAAGAUGAAGCCAGUGAAAUUAAAAAAGAAGCCUCAGGUUGGGGAUGAGAGUGAAGAAUCUCUUUGCUGCUGUGAGUACAUAAAUCAGAAUGGAGAGAGGAGCCAUAUAGUCGGCUGUCUGUGCGACUGCGAAGACGUAGAUCAAGCUUGUGACAGAUGGAUUACUUGUAAAGCCAUUCAGCCGGAGGUCUUCGCAAGAGCGAUAGAGACCUUGUCAGACCGUCUCCGUGUGCCCUGGAUCCGUGGUGCUAAGAAGGUGGAUGUGAGCGUUAUACCCCCACUCAUCCUACUCCCUAUAUCCCUGCACAUUGCUGCUCUCCAUGCGCUGCUGGCUGUGGUUAUUCUGACCUCUCUGCCAGUGCUGGUGGUUUGGUAUUACCAACUGACCCAUAGGCGUAAGGGGAAAACCCUGUUGUUCCUGAGCUUGGCGCUAUUCUCCCUAGGGUACAUGUAUUAUGUCUUUGUGCAGGAAGUGCUUCCUAGGGGCCACAUAGGAUGGGGUCAUUUCAUAGCCAUCUCUUGUGGGCUGCUGAUGACCCUUCUGUUUUUAGCUAAAGCAAAGCAGAAUCCCGGCUACCUCACCAAAAGCACAAAGAUGAAAUCUGAGGGCGCCUGUGCAUCAGCAAAUGGAGCAUGGACUGAUGGUGUAAGGGCCACUCAUGGAGGGGUCUGCAGGCUUAAUGGGGAGAAGGGCUGCAUCAGCCUCGAGAAAAACUGUUGCAAGAUUUGCCAGGUGGUCAGGCCUCCACGCAGUGGUCACUGCCGGAUCUGUGGUGCCUGUGUCCAGCGGCUGGAUCAUCACUGUGUAUGGAUUAACAACUGUAUAGGAGCUCAGAAUCACAAAUCCUUUAUCCUGGCGCUCUCAUGUUUCCUGCUCACAUCUACGUACGGCAUUGUAAUGACCCUGGGCACAGUCUGUAGGGGGCAGAAUGUUGUCACUGCUCUGCUAUACUGCCCAGGGGUGUACAGAGAGUAUAGCACUGCCCUAGCCUACACCUGUGUGUGGUACAGUACAAUAGUCACAGCUGGAAUCGGCUACAUCCUCCUCACUCAGCUGCUGAAUAUCAGUUAUAACAUCACAGAGAGGGAAGCGUGUAUCGCCUUGCGGGAGAAGAUGGGGCGCUGCUACCUUGGAGGCCUGGUAGUGGACACAGGAACCUUCAACCAGGGCUUCUUCAAGAACUGGGUGCACUUUCUUUCAUUAGAAUCACAAGAUGUUCAACAUAGCCUUGCUGACAUUGUUUAAGAUUGCUGAUUUUUUUUUUUUAAGUUACACCAGUGCCUUAUUCACAAUGAAUUUAGUAAACGGAGAGACCACUUCACUAUUACCGUAUACUGGAGAUGGCUCUACACAUCUAUAUAAACUUUAUAAGUUAUCUCUUAAAACUUUAUAAGUUGUAUUUUUACCGUAAGGUUCUUUUUAAAGGUGCACACAAUGCUGAGAAUGAUUUAGUAAAGCACAGGCAAAUAAAUUGCUUUAUUUGGAAUUUGUUUUAUUAUAAAUGUCUUGAGUAGCACUUUAAUGGUUUUGUCAAUCAGCAAUUUUAAGCCCUGAAAAGCAAAGCAUGUAAAUAGUGAUAAACACAUUUUAUAACCUGGUGUUUUAAAAAUGAAAUCUAAUUGCUGAAGCACAGUGCGUGGUUCAGAUUUACAUUCAUGGUCUGAAAGUGGACGUUAAAGUUUUACACAAAAUUGCUGCAAUAUAUAUAUAUUAGAUUUUUUUUUUUAGUCAAAUGUCCAAAAGCAGAAAACACUUAGCUGGUGAGGUUUACACAACUAAUGCCUUAACGACAAGCACUUAAUUGCACAGAGUUGAAGAAUUACUAGAUAGUGUGUGUGUGUGUAUAUAUAUAUAUAUAUAUAUAUAUAUAUAUAUAUAUAUAUAUAUAUAUAUAUAUUAUAUAUAUACACACACACACACACAGUCUUUCUGGUGCAAAUGCUGAAUAUACUUUUCAUCUCCUAUAACAUCCAAAUGUAAUAAUGACACGGUCAAUAUAUGUUGAGAUUUGGUUAGGGUUACAGUUAACCUUAUGGAUGCCAGAAAGGGUUAUGAAAUGUGAUGUUGCCCUCUCUGGUAUCCAAGGGGUUAAAACAAAAUUGCACUUCUGCUUAUAAUAAUAGUAAGGGCGCCGCAAUAUUUACCCAUGGGGGAAAUUACAGAUGAAAAUAUGUUAAUUACAGGAAAAAGCAACGUUUAUGCUUAAAUUACUAUUCUCAGUAAUGGACUAUAGAAGGACCUGAACUCUUAUCUAACAUUAACAGUCGCCUGACUAAUAUAAACAAUAUCUGUUUUAUAUCUAAACCAUUAUAUGCGCCUUGAAUAAAAUGUUCUUUAAUAAUUAAACAAAACAAAAAAUGCAAGCAGAUUUACAUUUGCUGCCUGAAAUUGUUUGGUGGAUUAACUGUAUUUACUUAUGAGACUACACCUUACCGAUGUAAUAUAAGCUACAAAACUGCCAUGUACAGUUGUAAAUGAUCAGAAAUAAUGACAUAGUUUCCUUUAUGACAUUUGUCGCACAAGUCAGGCUGCUCGUUUAUAUUUGGUAGUUGUAGAGAUGGGGCUGUUUUUGACGCCUUUCUAUUGCCAUAGUCACUUGAGGUGAUAAUAAAAAACAAGUGCACUUCUCCCAGCACUGUACACAGCAAUAUAUAUAAAUCCUUUGAUAACAGAUAGCACCAUGGACCAAAUUGCAGAAUCUAUAAACCAGUGGAUUAUAUUCUGCCUUUACAUUCUGUUUCUGACGGUUUCAUUUUAAUUAGAAAAUCUGCUCAGCAUUAAAAAAAAAAACACAAUUUAUGCUUACCUGAUAAAUUUAUUUCUCUUGUGGUGUAUCCAGUCCACGGAUCAUCCAUUACUUGUGGGAUAUUCUCCUUCCCAACAGGAAGUUGCAAGAGUCCACCCACAGCAGAGCUGCUAUAUAGCUCCUCCCCUAACUGCCAUAUCCAGUCAUUCAACCGAAAACACGCAAAGAAAGGAAAAACCAUAGGGUGCAGUGGUGACUGUAGUUUAAAUGAAAAAAAUUACCUGCCUUAAAAUGACAGGGCGGGCCGUGGACUGGAUACACCACAAGAGAAAUAAAUUUAUCAGGUAAGCAUAAAUUGUGUUUUCUCUUGUAAGGUGUAUCCAGUCCACGGAUCAUCCAUUACUUGUGGGAAACCAAUACCAAAGCUAAAGUACACGGAUGAAGGGAGGGACAAGGCAGGUACUUAAACGGAAGGUACCACUGCCUAUAAAAACCCUUUCUCCCAAAAAUAGCCUCCGAAGAAGCAAAGUAUCAAAUUUGUAAAAUUUUGAAAAAAUAUGAAGUGCAGACCAAGUCGCCGCCUUGUAAAUCUGUUCAACAGAAGCCUCAUUUUAAAAAGGCCCAAGUGAAAGCCACAGCUCUAGUAGAAUGAGCUGUAAUCCCGUCAGGAGGCUGCUGUCCAGCAGUCUCAUAAGCUAAACGGAUUAUGCUUCUUAAACAAAAAGAAAAAGAGGUUUCUGAAGUCUUUUGACCUCUCCUCUGUCCAAAGUAGACAACAAACAAGGUAGAUGUUUGAUGAAAAUUUGCAGUAGCUUGUAAGUAAAACUUUAAAGCACGAACCACGUCCAAAUUGUGUAAUAGACGUUCCUUCUUUGAAGAAGGAUUAGGAUACAAGAAUGGAACAACAAUCUCUUGAUUGAUAUUCUUGAUAGAUACCACCUUAGGUAAAAACCCAGGUUUGGUACGCAGGACUACCUUAUCCGUACGGAGGAUCAGAUAAGGAGAAUCACAUUGUAAAGCAGAUAACUCGGAGACUCUACGAGCCGAGGAAAUAGCUACCAAAAAGGAACUUUCCAAGAUAAAAGUUUGAUAUCUAUGGAAUGAAGAGGUUCAAACGGAACUCCUUGAAGAACCUUAAGAACCAGAUUUAAGCUCCAUGGCGGAGCAACGGGUUUAAAAACACGGGCUUGGUUCUAACCAAAGCCUGAACGUCUGGAAUAUCUGCCAGACGCUUGUGCAAAAGAAUAGACAGAGUAGAAAUCUGUCCUUUUAAGGAACUAGCUGACAAUCCUUUUCCCAAAAUCAUCUUGAAGAAAAGAUAAUAUCCUGGGAAUCCUGACUUUACUCCAUGAGUAACCCUUGGAUUGAUACCAAUAAGGUAUUUACGCCAUUUCUAUGUUAAAUUUUCCUAGUGACAGGCUUUCAUGCCUGUAUUAAGGUAUCAAUGACUGACUCUGAGAAGCCAUGCUUUGAUAAUAUCAAACGUUCAGUCUCCAGGCAGUCCAUCUCAGAGAAGUUAAAUUUAGAUGGUUGAAAGGACCCUGAGGUAGAGGGUCCUGACUCAAAAACAGAGACCAUGGUGGAAAGGGUGAAAUGUCCACCAGAUCUGCAUACCAGGUCCUGCGUGGCCACGCAGGCGCUAUCAAAAACACUGAAGCACUUUCCUGCUUGAUCUUGUGCAAACACCUCCGGAGGGAGUUCCCACUCCCCCGGAUGAAAAGUCUGACGACUUAGAAAAUCCGCCUCCCAGUUCUCAACACCUGGGAUAUGGAUAGCUGAUAGGAGACAAGAGUGAGUCUCUGUCCAGUGAAUCAUUUUAAGACUUCUAACAUCCCUAGGGAACUUCUGUUCCCCCUUGAUGGUUGAUGUAAGCCACAGUCGUGAUAUUGUCCGACGGAAAUCCGAUGUACCUCAGAGUUGCUAACUGAGGCCAAGCCUGAAGAGCAUUGAAUAUCGCUCUCAGUUCCCGAAUAUUUAUUAGAAGGAGAGUCUCCUCCUGAGUCCACUAUCCCUGAGCCCUCAGGGAGUUCCAGACUGUACCCCAACCUAGAAGGCUGGCAUCUGUUGUAACAAGUGUCCCAUCUGGCCUGCGGAAGGUCAUACCCUUGGACAGAUGGACCCAAGAUAGCCACCAGAGAAGAGAACCUCUGGCCUCUUGAUUCAGAUUUAGCAUGGGGGACAAAUCUGUGUAAUCCCCGUUCCAUUGAUUGAGCAUGCAUAGUUGCAGCGGUAUGAAGUGUAGGCGUGCAAACGGUACUAUGUCCAUUGCCGCUACCAUUAAGCCGAUUACAUUCAUGUACCGAGCCAACGAAGGGCGCGGAAUGGAAUGAAGAACACGGCAGGAAUUUAGAAGCUUUGACAACCUGGACUCCGUCAGGUAAAUUUUCAUUUCUACAGAAUCUAUCAGAGUCCCUAGGAAGGAAACCCUUAUGAUUGGGGAUAGAGAACUCUUUCCUUGUUCACUUUCCACCCAUGCGAUCUCAGAAAUGCCAGUACUACGUCCGUAUGAGACUUGGCAAUUUGGAUGUUUAACGCCUGUAUCAGGAUGUCGUCUAAAUAAGGGGCCACUUCUAUGCCCCGCGGCCUAAGGACCGCCAAAGCGACCCCAAAACCUCCAUAAAGAUUCUUGGGGCUGUAGCUAACCCAAAGGAAAGAGCUACAAACUGGUAAAGCCUGUCUAGAAAGGCAAACCUGAAAAACCGAUGAUGAUCUUUGUGUAUCGGAAUGUGAGGAUAAGCAUCCUUCAAAUCCAUUGUAGUCCUAUAUUGACUCUCCUGUCCCUGUUCCUCGCUUGGAGCUGGAUGGGUCUCGUACACAGUGUAAGAAUACCUCUUUCUUUAUCUGGUUUGCAGAUAAUUGUGAAAGGUGAAAUCUCCCCCUUUUUUGGGGGGGAAGCUUUGAAGUCCAGAAGAUAUCUCUGGGAUAUAAUUUCCAACGCCCAUGGAUCCUGGGCAUCUCUUGCCCAUGCCUGGGCGAAGAAUGAAAGUCUGCCCCCUACUGGAUCCGUUACCGGAUAGGGGCCGUUCCUUCAUGCUGUCUUAGAGGCAGCAGCAGGCUCUUUGGCCUGCUUAUCUUUGUUCCAGGUCCGGUUGUCUCCAGACCGUCUUGGACUGAGCAAAAGUUCCCUCUUGUUUUGCCUUAGAGGAAGUUGAUGCCGCACCUGCCUUGAGGUUUCGAAAGGCACAAAAAUUAGACUGUUUGGCCCUUGAUUUGGACCUGUCCUGAGGAAGGGCAUGACCCUUUUCCUCCAGUGAUAUUAGUAAUAAUCUCCUUCAAACCAGGCCCGAAUAGGGUCCGCCCCUUGAAGGGAAAGUUAAGUAGCUUAUUUUUUUAAAGUCACGACAGCUGACCAUGAUAUAAGCCAUAGCUCUCUGCGCGCCAGUGUAGUAAAACCAGAAUUCUUAGCCGUUAGUUUAGUCAAAUGAACAAAGGCAUCAGAAACAAAGGAAUUGGCUAGCUUAAGUGCUCUAAGCUUGUCAAGUAUGUUCAUCCAAUGGAGUCGCUACCUGUAAAGCCUCAUCCAGAGACUCAAACCAGAACGCCGCAGCAGCAGUGACACCUGGUCUAUCCCAUUCCUUAUUAAUAAUUUCUGUAAAACUCUUUAGGUAUUGGAAAAACAUCAGUACACACCGGCACUGCAUAGUAUUUAUCCAGUCUACACAAUUUCUCUGGUACUGCAAUUGUAACACAGUCAUUUCAGAGCAGCUAAAACCUCCCUGAGCAACAAGUGGAGGUUCUCAAGCAUACAUUUUAAAUGUAGAAAUAUCAGAAUCAGGUUAAAUCAUCUUCCCUGAGUCAAAAAUAUCACCCACAGACUGAAGCUCCCCUCAGCUUCUGCAUAUUGUGAGGCAGUAUCAGACAUGGUUCUUAAAGCAUCUGUAUGCUCUGUAUUAGGUCUAACCCCAGAGCUAUCUUGCUUUCCUUUAAUUUCAGGUAGUCUGACUAAUACCGCUGACAAUGUAUUAUUCAUAACUUCCGCCAUGUCUUGUAAAAUAAACGCUAUGGGUGCCCUUGAUGUACUUGGCGUCAUUUGAGCGUGAGUCCCUGAAGCGGGAGUCAAAGGGUCUGACACGUGGGGAGAGUUAGUUGGCAUAACUUCCCCCUCGACAGAAUCCUCUGGUAAAAUAAAUGCUAUGGGCGCCCUUGAUGUACUUGGCGCCAUUUGAGCGUGAGUCCCUGAAGCGGGAGUUAAAGGGUCUGACACGUGGGGAGAGUUAGUCGGCAUAACUUCCCCCUCGACAGAAUCCUCUGGUGAUAAUUUUUUUUUAAUUGCUUAAAGUGAAAUCAGUACAUUUGGUACACAUUCUAAGAUGGGGUUCCACCAUGGCUUUUAAACAUAAUGAACAAGGAGUUUCCUCUAUGUCAGACAUGUUUGUACAGACUAGCAAGCUUGGAAAACACUUUAAAUCAAGUUAACAAGCAAAUAUAAAAAACGUUACUGUGCCUUUAAGAGAAACAAAUUUUGUCAAAAUUUGAAAAACAGUGAAAAAAGGCAGUAAAUCAAACGAAAUUUUUACAGUAUAUGUAAUAAGUUAACAGAGCAUUGCACCCACUUGCAAAUGGAUGAUUAACCCCUUAAUGCAAAAAACGGACCAAAAAAACUAAAUAGACUUUUUUAACAGUCACAACAAACUGCCACAGCUUAGCUGUGGUCUUACCUUCCCCAUAAACGAUUUUGGAAGCCUUUUAGAGAUGUCCUAUAGUAUUCAUGGGACUGCUGAGGGAAGCUGGAUGAUUCAUUUUGUAAUUUUAACUGCGCAAAAAAGCGCUAAAAUAGGCCCCUCCCACUCAUAUUACAACAGUGGAAAGCCUCAGGAAACUGUUUCUAGGCAAAAUUUAAGCCAGCCAUGUGGAAAAAAACUAGGCCCCAAUAAAGUUUUAUCACCAAAGCAUAUAUAAAAACGAUUAAACAUGGCAGCAAACGUUUUAUAUUGCAAAUUUAUGAGUAUAUAUCUCUGAUAGUAAGCCUGAUACUAGUCGCUAUUAAAUCACUGUAUUUAGGCUUAACUUACAUUAAUCCGGUAUCAGCAGCAUUUUCUAGCAAUUCCAUCCCUAGAAAAACUUAUAACUGCACAUACCUUAUAGCAGGAUAACUUGCACGCCAUUCUUCCUCUGAAGUUACCUCACUCCUCAGACAUAUGUGAGAACAGCAGUGGAUCUUAGUUACUUCUGCUAAGAUCAUAGAAAAACGCAGGCAGAUUCUUCUUCUAAAUGCUCCCUGAGAUAAAAUAGUACAACUCCGGUACCAUUUAAAAACAAUAAACUUUUGAUUGAAGAUAAAAAACUAACUAUAGUACACCACUCUCUCUUACUACCUCCAUACGUGUUGAGAGUUGCAAGAGAAUGACUGGAUAUGGCAGUUAGGGGAGGAGCUAUAUAGCAGCUCUGCUGUGGGUGGACUCUUGCAACUUCCUGUUGGGAAGGAGAAUAUCCCACAAGUAAUGGAUGAUCCGUGGACUGGAUACACCUUACAAGAGAAAAAAAACAAAUUUUACUCAUCCCAGGCUGUCGCUGGCACCUACCUCUAUACUGUGAAUCUUGUCUUCAGUUUGGGCAGUUAGCUUUUGAACGCCAGAGAGCACUGCAGAGUAUUGCAUCUCCCUCUUGUAACCAAUGGGUUAACAUUCCCAGUUCAUCUGACUUGGAGGUGCGGUGUAUUUAUUUUUCCCGAUACCUGAGCAGGUGUUGUAUCAGGAAAGCUGGCCCCUGCCUAUCAAAAUGAGGGCAUGCAUCCUUCCUCUGUACAUUAAUGUCUUUUUAAUAAAGUUACAUGUGAAAUGAUUAUUGGGUAUUCAGGUUCUUCCUCAUUUGUUCAUUAUCUGCUCUGUAACAUUCACAUCACUACUACUAUGCAAAUAACAUUUAUAUGUUUAUCCACAGUCCAUCCAGUUUCAGUGCAGCCUGUUAGUCCGCUUGUGCAACAAUGAUAUAUGUAAUUGUAAGUUACCUUGUGUUUUUUCUUUAUCCCUUAUGAAUAUGAAUUUAUUUUAGUCACUCAUUUUACAGUCUGUAGUGUGCUCCCCAGGUGUAUCAGACACUCUGUGUGGGUUCUGUUAGUCAGUAGAACACAGGGUGUAGCACUUUUAUCUAUGAUCUAAAAUAAAGGUUAAAACGUGUCCCUUGGAUCAGUGAUCUGAUUACAGCCUAUUUAGCGGUUUAUUAGCCAUCUUCCUACGGCUAUUGUUACCUGCAGUGAGUCAUCGCAUAAAGUGCAGUGCUGUCGUUUUAUAGAGAUCUGUUAAGGAGCCAUAAUGAUUAUUUUCUGUGAAAAACAAAAGCACAAACAUGAUACCUCACGAAAAGAACAGAUCAUUCACGAACACCCCCCUUCCAGCAUUAGAUGACAGAAGCUGCAUCUUCAUUUUCUAAAAAAAAAAUCUUUUUUAUAGUGAGUUCUGCAAACACACAACAUGAAUACGAAAUCGUUUUUUUCUGAAUAUUUGCAGACUUAAUACAAUGAAUCAAUAGAAUGUGCUGUUCUUGCAAUAUACAGAUCUACCUGAUGAUAAUAAUACAAACAAAAUCUAGCUUCAGUACCUCAUUAACCCCUUUAGCCGCAACGGGAUUAAGCUUUAAAAAACCUUUAAAUAGACACUGUAGUCAGAUUUUUCUGUGGCUUUUAGCCAAAAUGUAUCUUUAAAAAAAAAAUAAAAUACAUGUUUCUGUCUCAAAUAAAACAUUUUGUUUUCAUACAUAUAAAGUUUUGUCCCCUCCCCUAAUAGAGGUGUGGGAGUGGCCUGUUAGCAUUACUUGGAAAUAUUUGUGAGAAAAACAAUGUCCCUUUUAAAGGCUAUAGUUCUAUAUGUACAUCUGCAUGACGUGCAGCCUAUUGUAUAAACUGCGCAUGGCUUUAGAGUCACAGUGCCGUCCUGCAGUUAUGGGCAUCAGUGAAUCCGUUCCAUGUUGUCCUGGUUAGCAAAAGGCUCACAGCUAAAACCCAUGCGCCUGUUACUGUUAGGAAUACAGCCGGCCUCUCUCAUCACAUCCUGAAGUCAGGGAGCAUUUCAGACACCUUUUUUCUCAGUAGUUCCCUUCUUUCUUCCCGUACCUUCAGCUCUUUGGUAUAUUGUGGGUAUUGUUUCCAGAUUCGAAAUGCUGUUAGUAGAAUCCGCCUGAAACAGAAAUGUGCCCCAGUGACAAGUGUUUAGUUAUUUUACAGAGUAUGAAUGAUAUCUUUCUAACUCUUCUGCUGGUGCUGCAAUACAAUGUCUGUAUUACUAGAAAUACGCCUAUGUAACCGCCUCUGUCUCUCUCUCCUGCAUGCUUCCCCUUGUCUACCUCCAGUUAUAUGAUAAACUCUUUCAAUCAAAUCUCUUUUCCUUAUACACCUGUAUUAGAUGUAAUGUACAGUAUCAUUGUAUUCAUGUACAGAUCGCAUUAAAUAAAUACAAUAAA